AUGACCUCUGGGACCUGGCCGAGGCCACAGUCGUGUGCCGCCAGCUGCAGUGUGGCCAGGCCGUGGCGGCACCCACGGAGGGGCGGGGAGCACUUUGGGGCAGGCUCCGGGAAGAUCGUGCUGGACGAUGUGCAGUGUGUGGGCGGCGAGAGCCACCUGGGGCAGUGCGCGCACAGGCGUGCUAAUGGCCCACCAGCCCCCAACCCCACCUCAGGUUCCGAAGCUGCUUCCUCAAUGUACACACUCACAGGAGCCAUCGUGGCCGUGAGGCUGGUAAAUGGCACAGGGAGGUGCUCGGGCCGAGUGGAGGUUCUCAUCCAAGGCACGUGGGGGACCGUGUGUGAUGACCUCUGGGACCUGGCCGAGGCCACAGUCGUGUGCCGCCAGCUGCAGUGUGGCCAGGCCAUGGCGGCACCCACAGGGGCCCACUUCGGGGCAGGCUCCGGGAAGAUCAUGCUUGAUGAUGUGCAGUGUGUGGGCAGCGAGAGCCAUCUGGGGCAGUGCGCGCACAGGGGUGAGGCCAGACACAACUGCGGGCAUCUGGAGGAUGCUGGUGUCGUCUGCAGAGGAGCUUCCAUGACCGUGAGGCUGGUGAAUGGCACAGGGAGGUGCUCGGGCCGAGUGGAAGUUCUCGUCCAGGGCACAUGGGGGACCGUGUGUGAUGACUUCUGGGACCUGGCCGAGGCCACAGUCGUGUGCCGCCAGCUGCAGUGUGGCCAGGCCGUGGCAGCACCCACGGGGGCCCACUUCGGGGCAGGCUCUGGGAAGAUUUUGCUGGACGACUUGCAGUGUGCGGGCAGCGAGAGUCACCUGGGGCAGUGUGCGCACAGGGGUGAGGCCGGGCACAACUGCCGGCACCUGGAGGAUGCUGGUGUCGUCUGCACAGGAGGCUGGGCCCCCGUGCGGCUGGUAGGUGGCCACGGGAGGUGUGCAGGCCGCGUGGAACUCUUCUACCGGGGAGUCUGGGGGACCGUGUGUGAUGACCUCUGGGAUCUGUCAGAAGCAAACAUCAUCUGCAGGCAGCUGGGGUGUGGCUGGGCCAUUUCAGCCCCAGGUGAGGCCCACUUUGGGGAAGGAUCUGGGAAAAUCCUCCUUGACAAUGUGCGCUGCAGGGGGGAUGAACAGCACCUGGAGGAGUGCUCCCACAUCGGCUGGCUUUCCCACAACUGUGGGCACGGAGAAGAUGCCGGCGUGAUCUGUUCAGAUCACCCAUUGGCCCUCACAGCAGGAACAAUGAUGGCAGGUGAGACCUUGGUAUCCUUGGCUGCUCUGACCACCAUCUUCCAGCUCAAGCCCUGA